AUGAGUGGCGCCGAUGUUGCAGCAGAGGCUGCCGACGUCACCACUAGUACGCAGGGCAGAGUUGACAACCUGGAGAGCAAAGUUUCAGGCCUGACGGACGAGGUACAGCAGCUGGCUGGGCUGCUUCGAUCCGCCCUCGGAAAGUUAGAGAAGGAGGGGGAGUCCGGCGGCGCUGGGGUGGGCGCUGUCGUUACGGGCGAUGCGCCCACCCGCGGUACCCAGGAGGGGGCACCGCAAAACGAGGGAAUCACGCCACCCUCAGACCCGGCGGUUGGGCCGGGUGGCGGACGUGACAGGGGAUCGCUCCCCCAAGGUGAGACAACCGAGACAUAUGGCGGCGGUACCGGUGGUUUUGGCGGAUUCGUCGGAGAAGGAGAUGGUUUUCACCAGAACCCGUAUAGCAAAAUGCGUGUGUCAGUGCACGCGCCGCGUCUCGAAGGCGGCCAGGGAUAUUACUCGUGGAGGAGGGCCUCUAUCCAGGCUGCUAAAACAGUAGACAUGGACGGCCAGCUCGUAGGGGCCACGGAACCCCAGCCGGACGUCGGGGACAUGAACAAACCCAAAGCUACGUUGCUGGCAAAGGGGUACUCCGAGGCGCAGAUCCACCGCAGCCUCCAAGCUUUCCACUUUUUGUCCUCGGCCCUGGUGAGGGAGCCAGACAAGGCCGUCUUCGGGAGAUGUGUGACGCCGAAGCAGGCGUUGGAUGAACUCGACAAGGUGCACAACCCGGAAUCGCAGGUAGCCACACAGGAGUUGCUCAGCAAGUUUCAGAACUUCGCAAUGCCGGCCGACAAAAACCCGACUGAAUCGCUUAUCGCCAUGGAGCAACUCGCAAGUCGUCUGAACGAGAGAGGGGUCAGGGUCGAGGCUUCUUACGUGCUGUCGCUCUUCCUUUCGGCCCUACCGGCCGAGUACGACCAUGCCAAACUGACUCUGCAGUCCGCACCGACUCUGGACCGGGGAGAGGUCAUCAGAGUGGUGGGCUCCCAGCACUCCAGCAUCAAGCAGGGGAAGAGCCAUCGGAACAGCAACCGCAACAAUCACAAGGCGUCUGAGCAGGGAUUACUCGUGAGCGCCGACAAUGGCAGCGGCGGAAAAGCUGGUCGCAACCGCGGCCGCGGGGGACGCGGCGGUGGCGGAAACGGCGAAAAUGGCGGCAGCGGCAACGGCAACGGCAACGGCGGUGGAGACGGCAGCAGCUACGGCGGCCGUCGUAGGGGCCGGUGCUACCGGUGCAAGAGGCGAGGGCACCAGUCGUUCUCGUGCACUACCCCCAUCGCCGACUUCAUGACCCAGUGCGAGAACUGCGACGGGUAUGGACACGAUAAGAGCAAGUGCCCGUCGGCGAAGGACGAGGAGGAGGCGAAGGGCGAGACGGCGGUCAUGGCGGUUGCGGUGGCGAGCGAUGACGAGGAGCUGGAUGUGGCACGUGAGGCCUUGUAAGAAGAGGCGGGGGAAAGACACAAUAUCCGCGCUGGUCACUACGCGCGCACCAUCCACACACAGCAGCAGUAGGAGAUGGUGAAGAUAGCACCAUUGCAACAGCGUGGAAGGGUGGAGACACAGAAAACCGGCCGCAAGGCCGUGUGCCCCAUGGCCGCGACGGAAGGGGCGUGGGGGGGGCAAUAUUGAGAAGGAUACGGCGAGAUGGCCGUGCGCCCAUAGCCGCGACGGGAGGGGCGUGGGGGGGCAACAUUCAGAGAACACGGCGGUAGGGCCGUGUGCCCACAGCCGCGACGGGAGGGGCGCGGGAGGGCAACAACUAAAUAACACGGCGGUAGGGCCGUGUGCUCGCAGCCGCGACGGGAGGGGCGCGGGAGGGCAACAACCAAAUAACACGGCGGGAGGGCCGUGUGCUCGCAGCUGCGACGGGAGGGGCGCGGGAGGGCGACAAUCAAUGCAGCCCCAUAGCGCGUCGGGAGGGCGUGGGGGGGAGGCAAACAUUAGCCCCAUGGCGCGUCGGACGGAGCGUGAGGGGGAGAGAAAAUCGAAGCAGCCCCGUGGCGCAUCGGAAGGGGCGAGAGCGGGAACCCCGCGGCACGUCGGAAGGCGCGUGGGGGUAGGGUACUUGCAUCGUGGUGCUAAAACGGGAACCCCUUUUGUGGCGAGGCUACAGGCCGGGACGAGCGCUGGGAGGGGAGGAACACGCAUCACAGCGCUGGAUUGUGGCACUUCUUUCUUGACGGUAUUUGGUGUUUGAUGAUAUUCGUAGCGAAGUUGGUAAAUCCUCGUGAGUUGUCAUGACUGUACUUUGGUUGAAGAGCCAGGGAGGGUGUUCCGUGUUUCUCGUAGGCGUUCGCGCCCACAUGUUCAGUAUUUCCUGAUAGUCAUUCGGUUGAGACCCUCAUUGAUUGUGGCUACGUGGUGCCGUUCUCUAGGUUGCGCAACGUGCAGGAAUAUGGGAUACUGUUGGAACCGCUGAACUUGGGACACCAGUGUUGUCCUCCACGAGAAUAGAGGAUUGCCGAAAAAAUGCAUGCCGGUUAUGUGUCGCUCAGAAAAUUUUGGAUGAUUGCCUUCCGCCCCUGUGCGCUGUAUUUCAUCAGCGAGCGGGGGCGAUUUCGAUGUUCGUCUGAUGUUUGUUUGAAGAACAAACAGUAGUGCAGCCGCAUUGUAGUUGUUUGAACCAACUCCUCAGGAUAGUCUUGCACUUUUACUGCUUGCCAAGCGUUGGGAUAGGGCGUUUGAUGGAACGGUGAAUAUUGGUGGGGGUUUUGACCCGGAGGCCGGGUUUCCCCCUGUUGUUUUUUUUUGUUGGUCUUUUGUCCGUUUGGUUUGUUUGGUCACAUCCGGCGUGUGAAUGCCCACUAAGUGGUUAGUUACUAGCGUAAAGAACCAGGGAGGAU